CUGCGUUUGUCUGCUCGAGGUGCUGGCGGAGCGAGCGUCGUCUUCGCCGGCGUUGAGCUGGAAGUGUCAGCGGCGGCCACGGUCCAGGCGAAAGACUGAGUCGGAGCAACCACGCGCCCGCUGGCCGCUAUUACUGGCAGGGGGAGGCGUGCCAGCGCAGCAACAUGCAGAUAGGCGCCCGGCGCCCUGACGACCCCUCCCGAGGAAAGGAGGCCGGGGCGGCGCUGGGGCGGCGGGGAGCAUGAGGGAGGCCGGGGGGCGGCUUGGCUCGGAGCGCUGCUAGAGAGCGGCGCGCGCUGCACACUCGCCGGGGCGCAGCGGAGGGCGGGGAGCCGGGCAGGUCGCGCCAGCUGGGGGAGCCGGCCGCCGGGAGCUGUUCUGAUUUCCGACGCGGACGCAAGGGGCCCGGAGCAGCCCCCGGCCCCGGUGUGCAGCCAACAUGGGCAACGCCGGGAGCAUGGAUUCGCAGCAGACCGAUUUCAGGGCGCACAACGUGCCUUUGAAGCUGCCGAUGCCCGAGCCAGGUGAACUGGAGGAGCGAUUUGCCAUCGUGCUGAAUGCUAUGAACCUACCCCCUGACAAAGCCAGAUUACUGCGGCAAUAUGACAAUGAGAAGAAGUGGGAACUGAUUUGUGAUCAGGAACGAUUCCAGGUGAAGAACCCUCCCCAUACUUACAUUCAAAAGCUCAAAGGCUAUCUGGAUCCAGCUGUAACCCGGAAGAAAUUCAGACGGCGUGUUCAAGAGUCCACACAAGUGCUAAGAGAACUGGAAAUUUCUUUAAGAACCAACCAUAUUGGAUGGGUCAGAGAGUUUCUGAAUGAAGAAAAUAAAGGUCUUGAUGUUCUAGUAGAAUAUCUGUCAUUUGCGCAAUACGCAGUAACUUUUGACUUUGAAAGUGUGGAAAGCACUGUGGAGAGCUCAGUGGACAAAUCAAAGCCCUGGAGUCGGUCCAUCGAGGACCUGCACAGAGGGAGCAACCUGCCUUCCCCCGUGGGCAACAGUGGAUCCCGCUCGGGAAGACAUCCUGCACUGCGAUAUAAUACUUUGCCAAGCAGAAGAACCCUGAAAAAUUCAAGAUUAGUGAGUAAGAAAGAUGACGUGCAUGUCUGUAUCAUGUGUUUACGUGCCAUCAUGAAUUAUCAGUAUGGUUUCAACAUGGUCAUGUCUCAUCCACAUGCUGUCAACGAGAUUGCACUAAGCUUGAACAACAAGAAUCCAAGAACAAAAGCUCUUGUCUUAGAGCUGUUGGCAGCCGUUUGUCUUGUCAGAGGCGGGCAUGAAAUCAUUUUAUCAGCAUUUGACAACUUUAAGGAGGUUUGUGGAGAAAAACAGCGCUUUGAGAAGUUGAUGGAACAUUUCAGAAAUGAGGACAAUAACAUAGAUUUUAUGGUGGCCUCCAUGCAGUUUAUUAAUAUUGUAGUCCAUUCAGUAGAAGACAUGAAUUUCAGAGUUCACCUCCAAUAUGAAUUUACCAAGUUAGGCCUGGAUGAAUACUUGGAUAAGCUGAAACAUACUGAGAGUGACAAGCUGCAGGUACAGAUUCAGGCUUACCUGGACAAUGUGUUUGAUGUGGGAGCUCUGCUGGAAGACGCGGAAACCAAGAAUGCAGCUUUGGAGAGGGUGGAAGAACUGGAAGAAAACAUCUCUCAUUUGUCGGAAAAACUGCAAGACACAGAGAAUGAAGCCAUGUCCAAGAUCGUGGAACUGGAAAAGCAGCUCAUGCAGAGGAACAAGGAGCUGGAUGUUGUUCGGGAAAUCUACAAAGAUGCAAAUACCCAGGUUCACACAUUAAGGAAAAUGGUCAAAGAGAAAGAAGAAGCCAUUCAAAGACAGUCUACCCUAGAAAAAAAGAUUCAUGAGCUGGAGAAACAAGGGACCAUUAAAAUUCAGAAGAAAGGAGAUGGGGACAUUGCCAUCCUGCCGGUCGUGGCUUCUGGCACAUUGCCCACGGGGUCUGAAGUGGCGGUGGGUGACUUUGUGGGACCAGUGACGGGGGCCGCCGCCUCGGGACCCUUGCCCCCUCCUCCCCCACCCCUGCCUCUAUCGUCAGACGCACCUGAAGCCGCGCGAAAUGGUCCAGCCACGCCGCCUAUGCCCCCUCCUCCCCCUCCCCCUCCCCCGCCUCCCCCUCCGCCCCCGCCUCCCCUCCCUGGUCCUGCAGCUGAGACUGUGCCGGCUCCCCCUUUGCCCCCCCCUCCUCCCUCUGCACCCCCGCUGCCCGGGACGUCUUCACCCACAGUGGUUUUCAACUCAGGAUUAGCAGCUGUGAAAAUUAAGAAGCCAAUCAAGACGAAAUUCAGAAUGCCAGUUUUUAACUGGGUUGCCCUGAAGCCAAAUCAGAUCAAUGGCACAGUCUUCAAUGAAAUUGAUGAUGAGCGAAUUCUGGAGGACUUAAAUGUAGAUGAAUUUGAGGAAAUAUUUAAGACAAAAGCCCAAGGUCCUGCCAUUGAUCUUUCUUCAAGCAAACAGAAGAUAACGCAGAAGGGAUCAAACAAAGUGACAUUACUAGAAGCAAAUAGGGCUAAAAAUCUUGCCAUAACUUUAAGGAAAGCUGGAAAGACCGCGGACGAAAUAUGUAAAGCUAUUCAUGUAUUUGACUUGAAGACGUUGCCUGUAGACUUUGUAGAGUGUUUGAUGAGGUUCUUGCCAACUGAGAAUGAGGUGAAAGUGCUGCGGCUCUAUGAGCGGGAAAGGAAGCCCCUGGAAAACUUGUCAGAUGAAGACCGGUUCAUGAUGCAGUUCAGUAAAAUUGAGCGGCUCAUGCAGAAGAUGACCAUCAUGGCCUUCAUUGGGAACUUUGCCGAAAGCAUUCAGAUGCUGACUCCUCAACUGCAUUCAAUUAUAGCAGCAUCUGUCUCUAUAAAGUCGUCCCAAAAACUCAAGAAAAUUCUGGAGAUCAUCUUGGCCCUCGGAAACUAUAUGAAUAGCAGUAAACGAGGAGCAGUUUAUGGAUUUAAACUUCAGAGUUUAGAUCUGCUCUUAGAUACAAAGUCAACGGACCGAAAGCAAACACUGUUGCACUAUAUAUCCAAUGUCGUAAAAGAAAAAUAUCACCAAGUGUCCCUAUUUUAUAAUGAGCUUCAUUACGUGGAGAAAGCUGCCUCAGUCUCCCUUGAGAAUGUUUUACUGGACGUCAAGGAGCUGCAGAGGGGCAUGGACUUGACCAAGAGGGAGUACACCAUGCAUGACCACAACACGCUGCUGAAGGAGUUCAUCCUCAACAAUGAGGGAAAGCUGAAGAAGCUGCAGGAUGAUGCCAAGAUUGCACAGGACGCCUUCGAUGAUGUGGUGAAGUAUUUUGGAGAAAACCCCAAGACGACACCACCCUCUGUCUUCUUUCCCGUCUUUGUCCGGUUUGUGAAAGCCUAUAAGCAAGCAGAAGAGGAAAACGAGCUGAGGAAAAAGCAGGAACAAGCGCUGAUGGAGAAACUCCUGGAGCAGGAAGCUCUGCUGGAGCAGCAGGACCCAAAGUCUCCUUCCCACAAAUCAAAGAGGCAGCAGCAAGAAUUAAUUGCGGAAUUAAGAAGGCGACAAGUUAAAGAUAAUAGACACGUAUACGAAGGAAAAGACGGUGCCAUUGAAGAUAUUAUCACAGCUUUAAAGAAGAAUAAUAUCACUAAAUUUCCAAAUGUUCACUCGAGGAUCUUAGAAACCAACCAUACAGACGAGCCGAUGCGGUGAGGAGAAGUGUCAGGCGGCGCUUUGAUGAUCAGAACUUGCGUUCUGUUAAUGGUGCCGAAAUAACCAUGUGAACCUGAGACCUGCCUGUAUGAAUAGAGGGUGUGUGUGAAUGAAACUGACCAUGUGAACUUUAUGUGCUAUCAUUUAACUGCAGCCUUGAACAUAGAUGAAAAUAUUCUAAGGGCUCAGAUUUAGCAAACACAUAGGAAUUUAAAAAUAAUGGGCUCUCCUUUCAACCUUUGUUAACAAGUGCCUAAAAGUGGAAGUACCUGCUCAGAUUAAUCAAAGCAAUAGGAUCUGAUUUGAUUAGGUAUCUUUUUACACCAGUGUGUUAUUCAAUUUUUAACCAAAAUGUAAAUUUCAUAUUACAUUCAUUACCUGCCAUUGUGAUUGUCCCAUGAUGGCCCACCCUGGUUUCCUGAUAAGUUGUAAAUAACAUGGAUGCAUCUGCUGUGGGCUUCCUUCGCUGAGAUGUCUUUUAAGGAGUUAAUUUUGUGUUUCAGCCAUACCCAUCAACUUGGUAUUUUUAAGGGCUUACAACGUGGAAGAAGGAAAAAGUCACACGAUAAACUCCUUCUGUCCAUAACCAAGCCCCAGCAAAGUACAAACAUGAUGUAAUUGCAGUGGCACAGAAUCAGUCAACUCUUGUUUCACAUUCUGCUUCUGUCCUGGGGUGCGAUGCCCUAUGAGAGACAUUCAUUGGUAUGAAUGCGACGAUAUGAUGGCACACAGAUGUUGUAUAAGACUUUAUUUGCAGUACUGUGUUCUUCAGCUAGAGGCAGCUUUUAAAAAAUAAUGCAAAUGUUUAUUAAUUAGCACUAAAAUUAACAUCUCAGUAAUCAGUAUUAGGAUUUCUGAGGACCAUUUUGGGUCAAUCCUGAGAAUAGAAAUCAUUGCCUUGCUAGCCAGGGAGAGGUUCACUAGCUCUAUCAACAAGCAUUCAAGAUUACUUCUGCUAGCAUAGUGUUAGAAUCCUGGCCUUAUUAUCCUGACAAUCGCAGGGUAUUUUCCCCCCCACCCCCCCCCCUUCUUUUUGUAGACUGGAGAAGAUAUAUUUGGCAUCAUAUAUCAAAGCUAAAAAUGCUUGCAUUUCCAAGAUUACUUUAUGGGAAAUUGCAAUUAAAUUUCUGAAAUACAUCAGGAUUAAGUUUAAGUGAUAUGAAAUGGGACUAAAUGGCCAACAAAGCCACUGCUAUUUUUCCUUCCUCUCUGGCAGGGCACUUGAUCCAUUCCAAAGUCAAAAACUGGACUGAAGCUAAUUUGUACUUUUCAUAAUAUACAUUCUGCUUCUGGCUUACCUUUUGGUACAUGACAUCAAUAUAUUAAUUGUAAAGUUUAUUGUAUAGUAUUUAACCACUGAAUUUCUUAUUUUGUUGUGCUUAUGUGAACUCUGGUGAAGGUCCCAUUUCCCUUGGAUAAUGUGUAGUUAUAUAUCUCUUUUUAAAUGUACAGAUAUUUUGCUAUAAGAUUGGUGCAGUUUUUUAUGGUUUUUACACUUCUCUUUAAUUCCCACCUAAGCCUCUGGGUAAUAUUGUAAAUAUUGUUUAAAAAUGCAUCAGCCUAUGCUAUACAAUCUGAAUGUUAUUUUAACUUAUAGGUUUUUUUUUUUUUAAUAUAUAUUUAACUACAAGGACAGUUUAGGGAUCAGUUACUACAUUUUCACUUUAGCAUAUUUACAGAAAGGUUACUUUAAACUGCCACCUGCUAGCACAUUUUCAUAAUGUGUACGUUAAAAAAGAACAUGCCAAGAUUUUGUCUGACUCAACGUUCAUUUUGAUGAAAAAAGCAAUUUGACCGUAAGAUAUAACACAAAUUAGGUGGUCCUUCACCACAAAGCAGCUAUUUUCCAGAGUUCAAUACUGAUGAGCAUAUGUUAAAAUAAUUGCCUAUUUAUUAAUCUACAAAUAGACAAUAAUGUUGGCAUGCUCUUUUCUGUUUGUCUGUUAAUGGGCCUGCUUCUUAGCAAUAUUAGAAAUGUUUUAUAAAAGCAGUUCAUGUUACUUUUCUGGUCUUUUCAUGGCAUAUGAGCAAAUAAACUAUU